CUUUCUCUUUCAUGAACAGGCAAUGCAAUGCAACCCUGCUAAGCAGUCAUCAUGGAAUAUGUUGUCAUUGUUUACAAGUUCAGGAAUGUUGUUCCUGGAAGUUAGCUUAGUGGCCUUUUUACUUCAUGGCAAUCAUGCUACUGGGUCUGAUGCUUUAACACGUACAUUUGCCGUCUCAGGAGUCGUCGUUGCUGGGGACAUGCUACUUAAGGCUAUCUAUGUAUUUGGUUUUGGGGUUCCCCUGUUCAUUGAUGAUCAUGAGAAGGGCAAUCCGAUGAAAUGGGGUUUAUGGCUUCUCCACAAGCUGUUGCUUAGUGUUGUUUAUGGUUUCAUUUUGUUCGUGUAUCACUCGAAAUGGAGAGAAAGGUUACCAGCUAAGCCUGCCUUCUACAAAUACAUCUGUGCAAUGUUCUUGGUGAAUAUUUUAUCACUUUUUGCCUGCGUGUUUGUUGCAAACGGAUCUGGUUUUGGUUUCUGGCUGUUUGAUCUUGUAGCCAUUUGCUAUCACUCUCUGUAUCUUCCUCUCCUAUAUGUGACAUUUUUAGCCGACUUUUUCCAGGAAGAGGACAUGCGUCUGGAGAAUGUAUACUACUCUGAGAUGAAGGAUGCCGGUUUCUUUGAUUCUGAUUGGGAAUAAUACUGCUUUGUCUCUACUUCUCUUCACAUCUGUAAAUUUACCUUUCUCAUGGCUUUCGCGAACCCUUUCAUUGUAUAAAUCCUUGAUCUGUGCAAAUUCAAACUUGCAUGCUAAAUAAGUUUCAGAUUCAUUGUACUACACUGUGUUUUAACAGAACCUUUCUGUAUAAGAGGCAGAGAACCAUAGGCUUACACGCAUAAUUUAAUGAUCCCCGAAAACCUGUGGGCUUUUGUCA